UUGUAAUUGUGGCAUAAAAAACCAACAUUUUGAUAGCCGACAGCUCGAGCAAGAGCAGGGUGGCUCUGUGGUGCCGAUCAUCACUCCGUCUCACCACUCCCUGCCCUGUUAUUGUCACGGCAGUGUCCCAAGGUAUGUCGCAGCGGCUUAGAAUUCGUCGCAGGCAAUUCAUUCCAUUCAUUCUCCUGGUCUUGACAGCCGCUGUUCUUUGGGGAUAUAUCAGCAAGGCGGGCACCAACUUGAGAGGGCUGUUGGUAGAUUCACAGCAAAAACAAAGACCCAGUGUUACUGUAGCUGUAAGAACCACGCAGCUACGAUCAGCCGAGUCUGGCUUCAUACGCGUAGAUGACGUGCGGAACAUUCUCUCACAUUCAAAUUCCGAUGGUGUUGGAAAGGUGAGCGCAACGUUAACACCAGAUCAGGUCCCCGCACUCCAGACCAGGGGUGCUACGUGGUAUCGAGUGGGAAAGCCAUUCCACAAAGUGGUUCUGAAGGGAUUUGCCUUGACGUUCAAGACUCUCAGUGUGUCGCCAUCAACAUCAUCAGUGUCAGCGCUGCCAAGGUCCCUCGUGUUCUAUGCUCAGGUUUUGUCAGGCUUGUUUCACCCCAAGCAGCGGCAGUAUGUCGCUGUUACCAUCGGCGAAGAGGACAUUUGCGUGCAUGUCAAAGUAUCGCAAGCGGCAAGACCGACCGUUGUUUGUGAGGAUUCCCUCGGACCCAGUCCUCCUGGCUCCUGGUUUUCACUGUACGUUACCAUGACGCCACAAAGAGUGGUGUCCAUGGUGACCAAUAACACCGUGUCCGACAAUCCGGUACCAGUAGACGGGCUUUAAGUCUACGUUGAAGCUGCUCUGCUCGAGUAUUGGAACUGGAGCGGCAACCACCUUAGCUGGGUUAGAGGUUGACUCGGGUAUGUACAUUGGUGGUGUUGUGGACCAUACAAACAUUGCUUUGCGUCGUGACUUCCAUGACGCAAUACAGCCCUUCAGUGGGUUUAUCUCGUCUCAGAUCGUCGUCAACGACAACGUAUUCGACUUGACAAGUGACUCAACGGACCACGGGUUCACUGAUGAAAAGAUGAAGGACUAUUUGCAGAACAUGCUAUAUUACGACAUGUCACGGCCACUUCCCCGUGUUCUUAGCAAGAGAAAGCAUGAUAUGUCGGAUCCGACCAUGUUCCGUUUCCCUGUUGCCACGGCGAUAAGCAGCAAUCAUGCCAAUGAAGCCAGUGACAUGAUUUUCUCCGUUGUUGACGUGAUGAGCGAUCGUGGGAUUCUUGUGUACGAUCUGGGACUCACGCCAUCCCAUGUGAAGCGUUUGAUGUCGUUUUGCAACGUCAGUGUCCGGCAAAUGCCGUGGGAUGUGUACGGAGCAGCGCGUCGCGAUGUCUACGACAUGCGGUGGAAGCCAAUCAUUCUUAACAGCGUCAUGCAGGAGUUUGGUGGUGUGCUCUACGCUGACGCGUCCAUACGCUUCAAGAAAAGCAUCAACAGUAUCGGUUUACUCCGGGACGGGCCAGGUUUUGUCGGUUUUGGACCGCAGAGCACCUCACCAACUGGUGCCUUCACGCAUGACGGCACCUUGCAGUCGUUUGGUGUCAACAGAUCCGAGGUGGCGCAGACAGCAAUUACAAUUGGCGGUGUCCAGAUAUGGAUUGACCACAAGGAAACGGUGCGCGAUCUGCUGAUGAGACAGUGGCUGUCGUGCGCUAUCUCAGAACAGUGUAUGGCACCGCGGGGCUCCAGUAGAUUCAACUGUCAGUUCAGCCUUCGAUAUACGGGUAAGUUUAUGGGAUGCCAUCGCUACGAUCAGAGUGCGAUAAGUGUGAUUCUGUGGAAGGCGUUUGCAGAUGCCACGGCCAAUUCCUAUCAGUUGAAUCACCCUCACGACCUUGAAUAUCUUGAAAUUGAACGAUUCCCAACGCAUCACCAUCGCCAGUGUUUUGCUCAAAGACCUUAACCACCAUUUGUUUGUAGCGGUCUAGGGCUGCGCCUGUGGCUGAGCCCUCUCAAACUCACCAAGAUUUUUCUGCGGUCUGUCUGCCUAUCUCUCUAGUAGGUUUCACUGGUACGCAGGAAAUUCGUCCAGUCCCUACAGGAACUGGGCCGUUUCGCGUUUCGCAUGCUGCUGCUGAAAAAUAUGGUGCUCAAAACGUCCGACAUCAUUAGCUCCUGCUUGAGCAACGAUGCAAUGAAUUUGGGUCUUCUGCAAACAAUGCCAGGGCACAAUGUCUACGGACGCCCGGCAGAACCGCUUCUGUCGUCUGUCACUGCAGGAGUUCCUGUCGGCAUGGCUCAUGGCAGAGUGCGUGGUGCAAAACGACUUCGCACCACUGCACUGAUAACGUUAUGGGGACUGGGCAAGCACGAUGGCCAUAUGGCAAUGUUCUGGAAGUUUCUCAUUGCUCUAUACCUUGAAGGCGAAGGCGUGUCGCUGACCAUCAUGGAGGGGAUACUACAUGUAGUAUGGCAUGUGCAGUGUGCAGAUCCCAUACCACUGGAUCCUAGCAGUACCCCACACGUUUCCAACUGAUUGCUGCAAGCGAGGAAGAAUAAUCUGCCUUGUAGGCUUCAGUGGCCAACAAAGGCACUGCUAUUGCCACUAGGCGCGCUGCUACCGUCUCUAAGCUAGCUGAAGAGAUGCGCGACAACUCAAGCGUCCUGACGGAUGAGAUGUAGAUGGCAGGUGGUCCAUGAUAGGUUAUGCCAGGUACUGAAGAUUGAGCACAUGAAAGUCCUCGCCGAAUUUCUCGGCUUGGCCUAACAUGGGAUUCGAACCCGCAGUAUCUCCCUGCAUCCCCCCCCCCCAUACACUUCGCAUACAUUCACAAUCAUAAUGUGACCAUCUUCAAAGUUGCUUCACGUUAUGAUCUUGCACUUGAAACCCCUAUCUGAAUGAGGAGGCAAGCUGUCUUUGAUGGUAUAGUACAGGACAUGUACGGGAUAGCGUGUGGACCCUGGCUAGCGCCUGAAGUUACUGAAGUAACGUCUUUUGCAUAGAUAAUAAUAAUCUUUAUUUCAGGAUUACCCAAAGGCUAACGCCUAUCUGGGGGAUCUCCUAUUUGUGUAUGUACUAGCAACAUAGUUAAGGAUGCGAGAGAAAGUGCGCAAAGUGAGUGUGAAAUGUUGGUUUGAAAAAGGAAUAAUAAGAAACACAAGGAAAGAAAGUAAAACAGAAAAGAAAAGAACAA